CAUUUAUUUAUGUAUAUAUAGACCUCACCUCAUCAUCACAUAGUUAGUUCGAAAAGGAAUCCCACCAAACACCACCUUCUACCUUAACAUAUCCAUCUUUUUUCUUGUACUUUCGAUUCUCAUAACCAAAAUUCAAAAAUCAUUGUCACCUAUCUUUUGUUUUCACCAUAUCUUAUUAUUAUAUAUAAAUAACCAACAAAUUUUUGUGUGUGAUUUACAUGGUUUUUUUUCUUCUAUAAUGUCUUCCAACAAGAAAAACAUCAUGAGAACAAUUUUCACAACAAACGGAAGUUGUGGAUCAUGCGUAAAACCAAAAGCCAUUCAAGUCCACGAACCAACCCUAAAACCAAAAACCUCCAUCAACCAUAUCAAGAUCACAAAUCCAAGUAGCAAAACUUCUUCUACUACAACCUCCGGCGACCGAAACGGUGCCGUUUGCAGCGUCAACGACAGCGAAGAAUUCUCAACCACCACGUUCUCAGAGGCCGAUACAAAUAACAACUACUCCGCACCCAAGCAGAGUCCGUUAAUGAACACUGUGGCUGUCGAGAAGGACUCUGAAGAUCCUUAUCAUGAUUUCAAACACUCUAUGCUUCAAAUGAUUUUUGAGAAUGAGAUCGAUUCCGAAGACGAUCUUCAAGAUCUUCUCCGGUGUUUUCUUCAUCUCAAUGAAUCAUGUUAUCAUCGUGUGAUUGCUAAAGUCUUCAAUGAAAUCUGUCAUGAAGCUUUUCCUGAUAAGGUUUGUAGUAUUGCUACCAAAUCUUUCGAAUGAAGGUUGAAUUAUCAACGAAAAUUACAGACGUAAAAAAAUAAAUAUAGUUUGUCCAUGUUCAGUGUUUGAAUUUAAAAUGGACAACAAUAUAGAUAUGGCUGUGUUUAUUUGCAGAUUUUAUUAAUGUGUCCUUUCAUUUAUUUAAAUUGCAAGUUCAGCACAAGCAUUUAUGUAAUAUUCACUUUCUAUAUGAAUGAAUUCUAGGUG